UUUACUUACGUGCAUUGAUGUAUAUGUAUCGCAAACAAAUUAAUCGUGACACUUUAUAAAACAUUUUAACAUGUGAGUGAUGAGUUGUACCGAAAAUGAAAGUGGACCUUUUGUCGUAUUCUUCCUGCCAGCGGUCGUCGGCUGCUUGACUAUACUCCUGGCGAGACGUUGGGCAUACGCGCAAGUGAACAACACAGCGUCAACAGCGAUCUCUAGACGACGGAAAAUCAUCAAAGACCCUCUGGUGAAGCGGCCUUUGCCGCCGAUCACUUGUAAAAUGACGCCUCCGGGUCCUAAGAAGUCUUCUGGCGUCAGUAAAAAGGGUACAUCAUCACCUCAAGAGGAGGAUGUCAACAGCAAUGGAAAGCGAGUGGGGCGUGUCCGUCUAUCCCCCACCCCAGCUACGCUCGAUACUAAGCUAAUGGACGGGGCUUCCCCUCCCAAGCAUAUCCCAUUCCCGUACAUACCCCACGACCCAGAGCUGCUGUUUGAGGCAAUGAUGUUCAUGUUUACGGUGGUGGCUACGGGGCUCCAGUUCCUUAACCUGUAUCGGACGGCCUGGUGGCUUCCACAUUCUUAUACCAACCAAUCUAUGAACUUCUACCUUAUAGAUCCUCACCUAGUGGCGUUCAUAGUGACGCUACUCUCCCGUCGCCUGUUGCUGAGUCUAGUGGUUCAGCUGCUCAAGGCCACACUGGCGCCGCCGGCGUUGCCCCACGGCAUCGUGGCUGCUAGAAUGUUCAUCCUGGGCAUGGUGAUAGGGGCGCUCGCCUGGUGCGCGUACUUCAUCGCACUCAAAUAUCCCAUCGUUAAGAUCUUCUACCUCUGCUAUCCUGCGGUGGUAUACUUCAUUCUGUUCGGGCUCCAAUCCAGCCCGUUCCUGGAGCUGAGCAACUCCGACACCCCGCUCCACUGCUGCUCGCACGACCCCGACCAGGUCCGGGCAGAGGUGGACUCCCUGCGGCAGGACUUUAAUCUCCGGGUCAAGAAGAUUAUAUUCAACGCGGUGGUCGGCGCGUACUACUCUAGUCUAAUACCGUGCUGUUUUGCACAGUCGUACGUGUACUACGACGUGUACCUCGCGUCGCAGCAGACGGCGUGCGUGUGCGGCGCGCUGGCGGCGCGGCUGGCGGCGCAGCUGCUGCCCGGCGCGCACCUCGACACGCACCACCGCGCCGCGAGACACCUGGGCCGGUGGUCGCAGGACGACACGGGCACAGCUAAUGAGUGGAGCCCGUUGAAGUUAUACCAGCGUGGCGCGGUGGUGUCCCUCGACGGAGCAACCUACACGUGUGUGACGUCAACCGCGGCCGCGCGACCGGGCUGUACGGAGCACUCGCGGUUCUAUACCGUAUUCUCCAACCCAUCGACGCUGCUCUGCCUGCUCCUCUGCUGCCAACUAUCGCUGAUAGUCCUCCAGCUGGGUCUGUUGUACAGCUCCGCGCCCUGGCACAACUUCCUCGCCACCAUCCUACUGCUCUUCAUCAACUAUUACACCCUCUUCAAGAUGGCCAGGGACUACCUGGUCUCCUGGAAGGUCUAUAAAGCUGAGAACAUGAUACAGGAUAAGAACUCCGCUGUCAAUUAAGUGCUGAUGAAAGUCAUUCCGUGUGUCCUAUGUUAGGAGCAAAGCCACAUUGGUUGGUAAUAAAC